AUGGACAUUAACGAAGCUGGAAACACCCGGUGAGAAACGCCGGUGCAAACUGAUAUCCUGCACAAGGAUAAGGUGGAAGAGAGUAGAGAGAAUAAGCAUCCGCUUGCACCUUCACGAUCUCUAAUGGCGCUCAGUUCGCCAUUCCAAUCCUCUAUGCUCCCUCCCUAUAGCCCUAAACUUCAUCCCCUCACUCCUGAGCUAUUCCCAUUCAUUGUCCGCCGCCCUAUCCUCCGACCUCCACUCUUCCGUCCGAUCGCCGCCUCCGGUCUCGCCGCCACUGACACCACCAACGGAGCCUUAGUCACAUCGAAAGCGAAGCAGACACCAUUGGAAUCCUCGCCAUAUGGCCGAAAUUACUUCCCCUUAGCCGCGGUUGUUGGACAAGAUGCUAUUAAAACAGCUUUACUACUUGGAGCUAUCGAUCGUGAGAUUGGAGGGAUUGUCAUUUCAGGUAAGCGUGGAAUGGCGAAGACUGUUAUGGCUCGUGGAUUGCAUGCCAUUCUACCUCCUAUUGAAGUAAUCUCAGGCUCCAUAGCAAAUGCAGACCCCUCCUGCCCUGAAGAGUGGGAAGAUGGAUUAGCUGAACGAAUAGAAUAUGAUAUUGCUGGCAAUGCAAAGACUGUAAUUGUAAAGUCACCUUUUAUUCAGAUUCCACUUGGUGUUACAGAAGACAGACUUAUAGGAUCUGUUGAUGUUGAGGAAUCUGUGAAGUUUGGGACAACUGUAUUCCAACCUGGACUUCUUGCUGAAGCUCAUAGAGGUGUUUUGUAUGUUGAUGAGAUUAACCUUUUGGAUGAAAGUAUUAGUAACCUGCUUCUAAAUGUUCUUACGGAGGGGAUUAAUACUGUGGAGAGAGAGGGAAUAAGCUUCAGACAUCCAUGCAAGCCACUUCUCAUUGCUACAUAUAAUCCAGAGGAAGGUUCUGUACGUGAACACUUACUUGACCGCAUCGCAAUAAACUUAAGUGCAGAUCUUCCAAUGAGCUUUGAUGACAGGGUAGCAGCUGUUUCUAUCGCAACACAGUUCCAAGAAUCUAGCAACGAGGUCCUCAAAAUGGUUGAUGAAGAAACUGAAUUGGCAAAAACUCAGAUCAUUUUGGCAAGAGAAUAUUUGAAGGAUGUCACUAUCAGCAGAGAUCAGCUUAAAUAUCUGGUUAUGGAAGCACUUCGCGGCGGCUGUCAGGGGCAUAGAGGUGAGCUAUAUGCUUCUCGUGUGGCCAAAUGUCUGACUGCAUUAGAGGGACGCGACAAAGUCAGUGUGGAUGACCUGAAGAAAUCUGUAGAGCUUGUAAUAAUUCCACGUUCAAAUUUCAAUACGAAUCCACAAGAGCAGCAGAAUCAGCCUCCACCCCCUCAGCCACCCCCUCCACAAAGUCAGGACACAUCUGAGGAUCAAAAUGAGGAAGAGGAGGAGGAGGAUGAUGAUGACCAAGAGAAUGAACAACAGGAGCAGCAAAUUCCAGAUGAGUUUAUUUUUGAUGCUGAAGGUGGUAUAAUGGAUGAGAAGUUGCUUUUCUUUGCACAGCAAGCACAGAGACGUAGAGGAAAAGCUGGGAGAGCCAAGAAUGUCAUCUUCUCUGAGGAUAGGGGCCGAUAUAUUAAACCUAUGCUUCCUAAGGGUCCAGUGAAAAGGUUGGCUGUUGAUGCAACACUCAGAGCAGCUGCACCAUACCAAAAACUCAGGAGGGAUAAAGACGCUAGCAAGAAUAAAAGAGUAUAUGUGGAGAAAGUAGAUAUGAGAGCAAAAAGGUUGGCACGGAAAGCUGGUGCCUUGGUUAUCUUUGUGGUUGAUGCUAGUGGAAGUAUGGCGCUAAAUCGAAUGCAAAAUGCUAAAGGUGCAGCAUUGCAAUUGUUAGCAGAAAGUUAUACAAGCAGAGACCAGGUGUCAAUCAUUCCCUUCCGUGGGGAUUUUGCAGAGGUUCUAUUACCACCUUCGAGGUCAAUUGCAAUGGCGAGGAAACGCCUUGAGCGACUCCCCUGUGGUGGUGGCUCUCCUUUAGCUCAUGGUCUUAGCACGGCAGUUAGAGUGGGGCUAAAUGCUGAGAAGAGUGGUGAUGUUGGUCGAAUUAUGAUUGUUGCCAUUACUGAUGGAAGAGCUAAUGUAUCAUUGAAACGAUCUACUGAUCCAGAAGCUGCAAUUUCUUUGGAUGCUCCUAAGCCUUCUGCCCAAGAAUUAAAGUGUUGUAGAUUUCUUGGAAUUUUUGGAAAACAAAUAAAAGGGGACCGCGGCUUACGACGAGAUCAUGGCAUUCAGAGACCCGAAACUUCAUUUAGUCGCGAUUAGAGCUUGCGGAGAAGAGAAGGCAACGACAAAAUUGCGGCUUACAAAGACUCGAAACUUUCGUCUUUCUCCCCCUCCUGCUCCGUCAUCGCGAUCUAGUCAUGGUUAGAGCUAGCUGCAAAGCGACAGGGAAAUUCUGGCAUACAAGGAAGCGUGAUGGGAGCUGUUACUUUCAAAGACACCGUUUUAAGGAUUGAACAUUACAUGUUCUCACAGUAUUUGAUGAGGAGGCAGAAGAUGAAGAAAUAAAGACAACCAUGGUGGAAAAAGAGGAACACCUGGACUUUUUUCCACCUUGAGGAUAAUGUGUCUUUUACGAGGGAAGUAUCGUUACUUCUUUGCCUAGCCUAGAGGGAAUUUUUAUCUUUUGUGUACCUAAGUGCAAUUUAAUAUUUGGUUAUUUAUUAUUAUUUAAUAUAAUCAGGGCCAAUAUGUUUAGGGUUAAGGUUAUGCAUGAAAUUGAGUCUUGAGUUUUUUGAGUUUGGGAGGGAUUUCUUAUCUCUCGAAUUGUAGAAUUUGGGAGAGAUCGCCUAACUCUUGAAUUUUAGGUGCUUAUCUUUAUAUAUUCGUGUUGUAUUGAUUUGAUUUGGUGUUCGCAAAAUAAAAUAUGUGUUUGCACUGAUUUGUGUGAGAAAUUUAUUCCGGAUCGUAUCAUAAACCCAUAACACUUCAUCAUCAUCAUUUUCGUUAUCGGCAUUGUCAACAUAUCUAGAUUAUCUCAAGGUUAACUAUUUUAG